AUGGCGGACUCCGCCGCUUCUGCGGCGGCGCAACCCGAAAGCAACAGCGCUGCCGGAAGCGGCGGCGGCGGCGGCGGGGGGUGCGCGCGGCCGGAGAAGCCGAACACGACGGUGGGGAAGAUUCGCGAGCACGUGAACGAGUUUGUGACUUAUCGCUUCUCUGAAUUUUUGUUAAAUUACAACCCUUCUCAUCUCUCUUUCCCCACCUCCCAACCUUCCACCCACACCCUUUCCCCUUUUCUCCUCCACCUUCCUCUCCCUCUUUUUCCCCACCUUCCCCUCCCGCCUUCCGCUCCCGCCUUCCCCUCCCGCAUUCUUCUCCCUCUUUCCUGCCCCGCCUUCCUCUCCCUCUUUCCUGCCCCGCCUUUCUCUCCCUCUUUCCUGCCCCGCCUUUCUCUCCCUCUUUCCUGUCCCGCCUUUCUCUCCCUCCUCCCUCACCUUCCUCUCUCACCUUCCUCUCUCACCUUCCUCUCUCACCUUCCUCUCUCACUUCCUCGCUCACCUUCCUCUCCCUCUUUCCUCUCUCACCUUCCUCUCCCUCUUUCCUCUCUCACCUUCCUCUCCCUCCUUCCUCUCUCACCUUCCUCUCCCUCUUUCCUUCUCUCACUUUCCUCUCCCUCUUUCCUUCUCUCACCUUCCUCUUCCACUAUCUCCAGAUGUUUGGGUUCAAAAAGAAUUCCCCAGCGCCGCCCCCUCGCAACGUCGUCAUCCCAUUGGUCGCUCACACAGGCACUGUAG